CGUCGCAUUCCACUUGCCCUCCGCCAUGCACUCGCGCGUCCAUCCCGGCGACUAUGUGCUACUACGCCUCCCUUCGGACACCCUGAAACUGGUCCACAUAGUCCCGAAUACAGUUGUAUCAAUCGGCAAAUUUGGUUCCUUUCCGUGCAACCUCCUUAUUGGACGCCCAUACUACUUCACAUACGAGAUCACCGACAAACAAUCAGAUUCUGAUGUUUCGCGUCUACGCGUCGUGCCAGCAUCUGAGCUGAACGCCGAAGUCCUCGCCGAAGAUGCUCUUCCGUCAGAGAAUCCAUCAGAGAAAGCCGACGAGUCGUUCGACAUUGUUGCCGACGAUGGCUCACUCCUGUUGAAAAACAACCGCCUUACCGUCGACGAUGCCUCCCGCCAAGUCCUCACCAUGGACGAGAUUGAAGAAUUGAAGAAAGCUGGAACUGGCUCUGGAAGAGACAUCAUCGAGAAGAUUCUCAAGUCGCAUACCCACCUCGGCGAGAAGACUUCGUUUGCUCUGGCCAAGUACACGCUGAGGAAACACAAGAAGUACUUGCGCAGAUUCACCGUCCUGCCCAUGAACGUCUCCAUGUUGACCGAAUACAUGAUUGCCGAAAAGGAGUCUUCAAGGGUCAUGGAACUUAGAGAGGAGUCGCUAGGUCUGGUCGGCAGCUGGGCAAACGUUCACUACCACCCGGAUGCAGAACCAACCUUGACUGAAGAGGGCACACAACUCGGGGGUGGAAGAUGGCUCGUUGUUGAUGACACUGGUGGCUUGGUCGUAGCAUCUGUGGCUGAAAAGAUGGGCAUUCUAUACCACCCGGACAACGAGGACGAAGAUUCAGAGGACGACGCAGAGGCUGCCACCCAAACUGCCGUAGAAGAGGCAGCACCAGCAGAGGACGAUGCCGACGUGGAAAUGCAGGACACCUCCAAGGACGAAGCUACCAAUGGAGAACCCAGAGAAGGAGAAGAAGUACGAGCUAACGGCAAGAAACGUCCCAUGAACCGCCACAAUACCAACCUCGCUUCGACGAACACAAUCACAGUCCUUCAUGCAAACGCCCAACCAAACGUAUCUCUCCUCAAAUACUUCUCCUACGACACAAAUAUUCCCAAUGCCACUCACCCUCUGCACACCAACCUCAAGACUCUCACUUGGCUCCAACUCAUCGACCCUUCGGCGGAUCCAACCUACGACGAACCAGAACGUGUACCUCAGGCCGAACUCGAUACAUGGAAGUCGGGAAAACGCGGUGCCUACUUCCGCAAGCGCCGCCGCUGGGCUCGCUGCAAGCAGAUCGUUGACGAGACCCGCGCAGGCGGCUUUGAUGGCCUGAUCAUCGCCUCCUCCAUGAACCCCGCCACCAUCCUCAAAAACACAGUCCACCUCCUCCGCGGCUCUGCACAUAUCGCCAUCUACUCACCUACUGUGGAACCUCUGACCGAAAUCAUGGAUCUCUACUCCAAAGACCGCAAAGCUGCUUUCCUCGAUCACAUCACCAACGACACUACACCACCGGAAGAAGACUUCCCACUGGAUCCAAGAUUGGUUCUGGCGCCGACGUUACAGACCACGCGGAUUAGACCGUGGCAAGUUUUGCCUGGACGUACGCAUCCGCUCAUGAUGUGGAGAGGUGGUGCAGAAGGAUACCUCUUUACAGCCAGAAGGGUCUUGCCCGUAGAUGGCAAGGUCGAGGCCAGAGGCAAGUACAACAAGAAGAGAAAGAUUGGGUAGAUGUAACGGUCAAUAAUCCACUAGACGCCAUCCUCCAUGAGCUCAACUAGCCGUGGUGAUGAUUGUUGGUGGAUAACCUCUUGAUGCUCGAGGUCGGCUGACGGGAAGGAACUGGAGUGUCAGGCGCAAUAGUUUUGAUGUCGGCACAUACUCAAGUGUUGAGAUGAACUAUGGCGAAGGUCAUAUAUGCAAAGGUAGAGUACUUGAACAGAGUAUGAAUUGCUUUGUCCGAGGCUGGUGCCUCGGGAGUACCCGUAACCUUGAUUGUGGUAUAGACAGACGGGUCGGUUGGCAGGUCAACAAGAGUCUAGGCGUUACGAAGCGGCGGUGAUGACGGCUUUAGCACGAUAUUACAAUAACAAUCAACGUCAUGAUCUCUUAACAACACGGAGU